CGCCCAGCUCUCUCCGCUUUUGUUCCGCCGGAGGCGAAGCGACCGCAGCGGCUUCAUUGGCGGCGGCGGCGGCGACUCCCGGAGCCAUGUCCUACAUCCCGGGCCAGCCCGUCACGGCCGUGGUGCAAAGGGUUGAAAUCCACAAACUGCGUGAAGGUGAGAAUCUCAUUCUGGGCUUCAGCAUUGGAGGUGGAAUCGACCAGGAUCCGGCUCAGAAUCCCUUCUCGGAGGACAAGACGGACAAGGGCAUUUAUGUCACACGCGUGACCGAAGGUGGACCUGCAGAAAUGGCUGGAUUACAAGUCGGGGACAAAAUCAUGCAGGUGAAUGGCUGGGAUAUGACCAUGGUGACUCACGACCAAGCCCGCAAGCGUCUGACCAAGCGGAACGAGGAAGUGGUCCGGCUGCUAGUGACCAGACACUCCCUGCAGAAAGCGGUCCAGCAGUCCAUGCUGUCCCAACCCUGCCACUGAGCGGGGACGAGCGACGGGCCUCCAGGACACGGCGGAGAGAUGUUGAAGAUGGACCACAGAGCUUUAUCACCUGUUGACCUGAGGAACUUAAAAAAAAAAAAAGACAGAUGUCUCCUGACACACCUAUGCAAAAAAUGACUCUGUUCCAGCGGGGCGUCCCCGUAAAGGGCGCCUCUGGGGGCAGUUUGAUGCCCACUGGAUCAAAGACGGUGGGCAUCAAACCGCAAACGAGAGGAUAGCCUGGUUCUGAUCCACUGGGAAACCAGCUAAGAGCUUUUCUCCCAGAAAUCCUCCAGUGGGACGAGUCCGUUCUUAAAUUUCCGUUUUUGUAAGGCGGCCAUCUUGAGGGACAAGAUGGCCGCCUAAUGAGCUUCUUGCAGUCCUCUUAGCCAGACCAAAGUUUUUACUGCCGAUAUCUAGAAUCCCGCACGGGUUUUGUGUUUAAGAGGCGUCCAACCGUUGGCUUGUCUCCUCAGAGACACCGAGAAGGCCAUGAUAGACGGGCAUUUGAAACCGGUCCCCUCUUUCCAGAAGUCCUCAAAUGAAGGCGAUCAGUUUCAGUGGCCUUAAGCCUUUCGUUUGCCUGGACUUCCGCUCGGCCAGAAUUCCUGUUAACCACGAUCAGUCGGAAACAGGCCGACGUUAGCGACUCCCGUUGUGUCGGGAGGCCACGGUUUCCACCCUCGAGGGGUCUCUCAACUUUUCCAAAGUUAGCUUCCAAUCUUGACUGUUGUGCCAAAUUUCUCCCCCGAAGGCCUUUUUCUACGUCUUGUAAAUAACGUCCCUUCCAACAUUUAUAUCACUAAUUUAUUUUAGUAUAUUACUGCUAUUUUGACUCGUGAGUGGUGUGGUGGCCUAGAGGUGUGAGCUCUUGCCUCACAAUCAGGGGGCUGUGAGUUCGAUCCUAGGUAGAGGCAGAUAUUUCUCUCUCUCGGCACAAUAAGAAUAUGUCUGCCGAACAAAACUCUGCAUUGGUGACAGGAAGGGCAUCCGGCCAUUAAAACACUCUGCUAGCUCCAUUCAGUUGCCCAGAUUCCACCCCGCAAGGGAUUAUGGGGUCAUUAAAAAAUGAUGAUGAUGACUGCUAUUUUGACUCGUUUAACUUCCGGGCCCUUAAAUCUCGGCCUGUCUUGCAAGGAAAAUGUGUCACAACCCUUCUAUCUGUUUCUUAUCCCUGUGGUUUGUCUUUUCGAAGCAGAAAUGGCGGUGGGAAGGAUGGUUGUUGUUUUUUUGACAAAGCCUUGUGGGGUUUUGUUUCGUUUUUUUUGGUAUUGCCGGAUCGCAUCGGUUUAGUUCGGAGGUUAAAGCAACCAACAGGCUGCUGUAGAUCGUUUUACACAAAAUAAACCAAGCUGGACUUCUGA